GGCGCCAUAUUUAAUACAUCACACAUCAGCCUGCCUGGACCUCUGGAAAGCUAGCAAGCGUUAGCUGUUUACGAGCCAAAACUUUCAACUUUAGGCGUUAACCUAAAACAAGCCUCGAGUGUCGUGGAAAAUGAAUGUGAUAGACCAUGUACGAGAUAUGGCUGCCGCUGGACUUCACUCCAAUGUCCGGAUAAUGAGCAGUUUGUUACUGACGAUGAGCAACAACAACCCAGAGCUGUUCUCGCCAUCCCAGAAGUACCAGCUGUUGGUUUACCAUGCCGAUGCCAUCUUCCAUGAUAAGGAGUACCGCAACGCUGCCUGCAAAUACAGCAUGGCGCUGCAGCAGAAGAAGGUCCUCAGCAAAACAUCUAAAGUUCGGACUUCUACUGGUGGAGGUGCAUCUAACAUCCAGUCACAGAGCUUGCCGUCAGAGAUUGAGGUGAAAUACAAGAUCGCUGAGUGCUACACCAUCCUGAAACUGGAUAAAGACGCUAUAGCAGUGCUUGAUGGGAUUCCCUCUAGACAGAGAACUCCAAAGAUCAACAUGAUGCUAGCCAAUCUUUACAGGAAGGCUGGUCAGGAACGCUCUGCCGUGACGAGCUACAAAGAGGUCCUGAGGCAGUGUCCCCUCGCCCUCGAUGCCAUCAUUGGCCUCCUGUCUCUGUCUGUGAAGGGAGCAGAGGUGGCCUCUAUGACUAUGGAUGUGAUCCAGAGCAUCCCCAACCUGGACUGGCUCUCCAUUUGGAUCAAAGCCUAUGCCUUCAUACAUGCAGGGGACAACCACAGAGCUAUCAACACCAUUUGCUCUCUGGAGAAGAAGUCUCUGUUGCGGGACAAUGUGGACCUGCUGGUGAGCCUGGCUGAUGUCUACUUCAGGGCAGGCGACACCAAGAACUCCAUCCUCAAGUUUGAACAAGCCCAGAUGCUGGACCCAUACCUCAUUAAAGGCAUGGAUGUGUAUGGCUACCUGAUGGCCCGUGAGGGACACCUAGAGGACGUUGAGGUGUUGGGAGGAAGACUGUUCAACAUCUCAGACCAGCAUGCUGAGCCCUGGGUCAUCUCUGGCUGUCAUAGCUUUUAUAGCAAGCGUUACUCGCGGGCUCUCUACCUGGGAGCCAAGGCCAUCCAACUGAACAGCAACAGUGUGCAGGCACUCCUCCUGAAGGGGGCAGCACUGAGAAACAUGGGCCGCGUUCAGGAGGCCAUCAUCCAUUUCAGAGAGGCCAUGCGCCUGGCACCCUGCCGACUGGACUGCUACGAAGGUCUAAUUGACUGUUACCUGGCAUCCAAUGGGAUUCGAGAGGCCAUGGGGAUGGCCAACAACAUCUAUAAGACGCUGGGGGCCAACGCGCAGACGCUGACCAUCCUUGCCACAGUUUGCCUGGAGGACCCUGUGACCCAGGAGAAAGCCAAAACUCUGCUGGACAAAGCACUUGCCCAGAGGCCUGACUACACCAAGGCUGUGGUCAAAAAAGCAGAGCUGCUGAGCCGGGAACAGAAGUAUGAGGAGGGAAUCGCUCUCCUCCGCAAUGCCCUGGCCAAUCAGAGCGACUGUGUCCUGCACAGAAUGCUGGGAGAUUUCCUGGUGGCAGUCAGCGAUUACCAAGAAGCCAUGGACCAGUACAGCAUAGCGCUCAGCCUGGAUCCCAAUGACCAGAAGUCCUUAGAGGGAAUGCAGAAAAUGGAAAAGGAGGAGAGUCCCACGGACGCCACGGUGGAGCUGGAUGGAGACGACAUGGAGGGCAGCGGGGAGGAUGGAGACCUGGAGGGCAGCGACAGCGAGGCAGCGCAGUGGGCGGAUCAGGAGCAGUGGUUCGGCAUGCAGUGACCCGGGGCCAUCGAAGGAGGCACUGGCGUUACCGUGCACUAAGGCGCUGCCGCCUGUGGGAAGCCUUCCUCCACCAGGGUUGUAAAAGGAUGUGGACACCAACAUAACAUCUGGAUGGCCAUGUCUGCAGCCCUGGAUGAACUGACGCACAGGUCUGCAGUGGGCUCACAGCAGGACUUUAAUGAAAAUGCAGCUUAAAGCAUAACUCUGGCUGUUUUAACUAGGCCCUAUUUUCCAUCUUUUUCACCACACUGAUUCUGACCAAAGUCUUGUCUUGCUUCACCGUACAGCUACCAGUUUCUUGUUUGCCUGGGUGCACAGCUCUGUGCUGAUGGGCACCUGAAAAAUCAGCCCUAGAAUGAGCCAAACCAUGUCUUUUUCAGCACACUGCUUGCAAGUUAAAACAUUAAAAUUUGCCUUGGCUUGGCCAUUUCUUCACUACUUUCCUUUGUGCUUUUGCCGGCUGGCCGCGGCUGCCUGUUUACAUGCACCGUUGUUCACAUUAACGCAAAAUAGUGAACGUUUUUAGGUCAUUGUUGACCGGAAAAUGAAAUCCAACCUAUACGUGUCUCAUUAUGGAGUGUCAAUGUGUCGAUGCUUUAGAUCUGUAUUGGUGUGCUGCUCCCAGGCAACAGAGGUGCAGUUAGCUCACUGGAGAAGCAGUCGUCAUGAUUUUAGUCCAAUCAGUCAGAACAGUAGUGUCCAGAAAAUGGCUGCUGUUAUGCUUUAAAAUAUGUGGUGCUUUCCUGGAGGCCUACCCUUUGCCACAGAGGAAGCAAGGCAUGGGAACCAUGUGAACACGUUGGAAUGAAGCCUGUGAAUUUGCCAUGACUUUUUUUGUUGUUUUCUUUUUUCUUCGUUUGAUAGGCUGUUUGGAGAUCUGUGAAAGAAGUGACCAUGUACCAAUAUUUCUGCUGCUCUUUUAUUUUGAAUGUUCUUUUAAUUCUGAUGCCUCAGAUUUUCUUUUCUAUCACAAGCUUCUCAUUGUUGUUGUAACAUGUUUUCAGUUGAAUCUGCCUUUUUUCUUUGUAAAUCAAAGAAUCACUCCAUGCAAGACACAUUCUUGAGUUGUGAAAUGUUACUUAACCAUUUAAAGGCAAAUAUUUAUAGUGUUUUGUACAUAUUUUUAAAAUGUAUAAUAAAAAUCAUGAAAUACUAUUAGG